AUGCUUAAGGCUUUUCUCAGAGGAGAAACCACGAAAGUGAGCUAUAAAGAAGCUCGAGACGCGUGGAAAUGGUCUGACAAGUUCUUCCUACCCAGCGAUAACAUACUCUAUUAUGUGGGCCCAACUCGACGUAAGUCGGAAGAUGACCAACCCGAGUUGGCGUUGGGACUUGUAGUACUGACAACAAUGAUUCAAGAAGUGCUGCAGAAUUGUCAUGACUCUAUCGAAGGAGGACACCAAGGAGUCGUUCGAUCGUAUCAGGGGGUAAAACAUGACUACUACUGGAUUGGACUGUAUGCAGAUGUUGAAAAACAUGUGAAGUCGUGCCUUGACUGUAGCUCGAGCAAGAGCGCACCGCAGCUCAAAGGCUACUCACCUGGUAACGUGCUUGCAGAACGACCAUUCCAAGUAGUAUCAAUGGAUUUCGUUAUUCCACUGCCGAAGUCUCGUCGAGGCAAUACAGCACUACUACUCUGUCAGUGCUCGUUCACGGGGUUCGUCAUUGCUAAAGCAAUAUCAGACACCGAUGCCCUAACUGUGGCCAAGGUCUUUGAAGAAUGCAUAUACCGAAGAUUCGGUGCACUUCAUACGCCAUGA